CUCACCACUCCGCCUGUUUAUUGAUACCUGCAUGGCCACAUCAGAAGCUGAUGGAGAUUCUGAUCUACAGUAUAACAUCCUCCACUUCCAUGGAUGUUUGAUAGAAAGAAAUUCUCAUGAUGUAGGACCAUCUUUCAUAAUUCCAAGGACUCAAUUGGAAACACUACAAUUUACCAUUCCAGCAUCCCAAGUUGCUGGAGACGAGAACAGCGUGAUCUACAUUGCAUGCCAUCUGAAAGUCACUGCAGCUGCCCAGGAGCCAGAUUUCUUAAAUAAAGCUUGCUCAUUCAACAGAGAAAGGGAGAUGUAAGUACUAUAUGUGCUUCCAUAAAGAAAAGAGACUGAAACGUUUCUGAAACACUCUGACAUGUUUUUUUAAAUUUAUCAGUUGGUUACCU